AUGGACUUGACCCAUUCAAACCCACAAUUGGUCCCCCAAGAAGCGGGCCUUGCUGCGGUGGCGGGCACCACGUGGCAACGAUUUCUGCGUGGAUUUCAAGAAGGCGUUUUUCAGGAAGAAGUUGAUGAUUUUGUCAAGGAGCAUGCGAGCCAAUUUGCUGUCCUCUGCAUGGAUGGAUCCUAUCCACUACACUGGACUCAGCUACAUAAAGAUUACAAGGAACUUUUUGAUCAACAGCUGGAAGCAAUCCUGUGGUUUCAGGACAGUAGCAAGGCCGAGUUCCUGGAACUCUGCAGCUCAACGAUGAGUGCUUGCGAAGGCUUGCACGAGGAGUCUGAGCUGCCGAUCGAGGCACCGAGUCGAGGCCUCACGGUGGGAGAAUUCCAUCGGUUCAUGCUAGAAAAAAGAGGCAUCGGAUCGCCCUUGACUUCAGCCAAACUCCAGGUCAUGUUUGCCGCUGCAAGCGGAAGAUUAGAGCCAACAGUCGCUGAGCAAAGGAUUGAUCAGGACGUCAAAUGUUAA